GGCAAAUGCUCUAUUCGUCACAGGCACGACUUCGUGAGGGCAGACCCGAGGCAUUGGUAUGCGAUGGCUCUCUUCACUGUUUUCGAAUGUGCUCACAGCCUUUUAGACUACGGCUCCAUGGUUUACGGCUCAGCCAGACAGUCCUACAUCCAACGACUUGAUCCAGUACAUAACCUUGGACUGCGACUGGCAAGUGAGGCCGGCGUUGCUGAGCUCCGUGGCCUUGGUGGCCCAAAGCAGAUAGGCGAAGGGGCUAUCAAGGCGGUCCUGGGCAUACGCGGACACUGGCUGGUGCUUUGCGAGAAGGAGGCGCUUCUUGGACGAGGCCGCGGGCCCCUCCUGGCACUGGGGCCGCUACAAGCGGCCGCCCUGGGUCCCACUCGGGCAUUGCUGCUGCACCUCAAUGGCUCCAUGCAGGAGCUGCAACUGGAUGACUGCAGGUUGAGCCCAGUGCCGGUGGCGGGUCGGGUGUGCCACGUGAGCUGCGGUCAUGACCACCAGCUGGCACUCACUGUAAAUGGCCAGCUGCUGAGCUGGGGGCAUGGCGGCCGCGGCCAGCUGGGCCACGGUAGCCUUGACUCUGAGCAUUCGCCACGACUCCUCGAGCCCUUGGCAGGUGUGGCCCUAGUAGGAGCCACUGCGGGUGGCUGGCAUUCUGCCGCACUCAGCGAGGCCGGUGACCUCUAUCUCUGGGGCUGGAACCGCGAUGGCCAGCUGGCCACCGAUCCGCGGCAAACGCCGCUAUCCACGCUGCCGUUCCUGCUGGAUACACUGCUGGAGGUGCGCGCUGUCAGCCUCGGCUCGCGCCACACAGCUGCUCUAGCAGGAAACGGCUCAGCCUGGGCCUGGGGCAGCAACAUUUAUGGACAGCUGGGGCCCAGCGCAGAUGGGAUGACGCAAAGCGCCAAGCCUGUGGAGGUCGCAGCUGAGGAUGCAGUCGCUGUGGACUGUUCACCUUGGGCCACCCUGGUGCUCUCACGAACAUCAAUAAAAUUAUGAAACUAGUG